AAAUUCCAAAAAAAGAAAAAAGCCAUCUAGUCUGCUGCGGUACAAGGACCUGUUCAUCUUACAAGAAUCAUUUGAGGACUGCUCUCUGGUUUACAUAAUCAACAUGAUGAACAGAAUUCUGCUUGGAGUCAUUACUGUGAUUGGUUUCUUCACUCUAGCUGAAGCACUAACGUGUAAUUCAUGUAAAGUGGGGAUCCUAGGCAAAUGCUUGUAUAGUUCCCAAGUCGCGUGCGCUUCCUCUGAGAUCAAUUGCUACACUGCUUCAGCAGUGUUCAAUGUGACUGGAUUCCUGAGUCUGUCUUCAAGUGGCUGCACAUCUAAUUGCAACAACACUGUUGGAACCAUCCUGGGCGCGGGAUACUCAAUCACCAAAACUUGCUGCAUCACAGAUCUGUGCAAUGGAGCAAGUGCUGUUCAACUAUCCACGACUGCAGCUUUCAGCACUGCCCUGCUGGCCUCCAUCUGGAGCAGUUACAUGUUAUAGAAUCUCAUUGUUACGUUACCUAAAUCAGUAAAGAUGUCUUUUAGGAUGAAUUUAUACCAUCAGUUCUAGUAAUUUAAUUUUUAUCGGUCUUAGUUUACUUGUCUUAUAAAUAAAUCUUUACGUGUGAUGCAGUGAUGAUAUUUACACACAAUGUAAAAUGUAUUUUUUCUUUUCUCUUAUUUUAAUUUUUUUUAUCAUGCAUUUUUAAUAAAAUAUUUGGAAUGAGGUGGAAUAUCUGAGCUGAAUAAAUCUAAAGACUGAAUAAACUUGAAUGGACUUUAAAGUG